CCUUCUUCCUCUGCCACUGCACAUGUUCUCCGGCCACUCCGCCUCCUCCUCUUUAAACCGCCCCCUCCUCCUUGCUCUCGCUUUCCACUAGCUAAUCAACACGACGAUGACCAACUCUGCCUCCCAAAUCACUUCCACUUCUUCCUGCUCUCGAUCCUGGUCCGUCAGCGAGGACUCGCUGCGGAGAUACGUGACGUACGCGAGCGAGCGGUGCAUCCAGGAGCUGCUGUCGGCUUCCGAGACGAGCCGCGCCGGCGGCGGCGACGGGUGGAAGGUUUUGACGUUCGAGAACGGGGUGGAGAUAUCCAAGCGGAGGUCCAGCUCGCUUCACGUCUUCCGGAGCCGGUGGCUCCUCCAGUCGGUCUCGCCGGAGCAGUUCAUCGUCGUCGCCAACGCCAUCGACGCCGCUAAGCAAUGGGAUCCAGAUCUGGUGGAAGCAAAACACAUCAGGGAUCUCGCCGACAACCUCAGCAUCAUCGGAUUGCGGUUCGGCGACGCGUCGAAGCCUCUGUUCAAGAAGAGAGAAUUCAUUGUCUACGAGCGUCGAGAGACUCUGGACGACGGCACUUUGGUGGUCGCCGUGGCUUCUCUGCCCAAGGAGAUCGCCGCAGGACUGCAGCCCAAGAACAGUAACUCCAUUCGAGGGCUGCUGCUUCAGUCUGGCUGGGUGGUCGAGAAGCUUGAAGAUGACUCUUGCAUGGUCACCUACGUUGUUCAGUUGGAUCCUGCGGGUUGGUUGCCCAAGUGCUUCGUCAACAGGCUGAACACCAAGCUGGUUAUGAUCAUAGAGAACUUGAAGAAGUUGGCACAGACUUGCCCAAUGGAUAAAGGGAUGUGAAUGUACAUUACAAUAGUUUAUAUAAACAAUAAACAAAGCUAUUAACUCAUGGAUCUUCAGAUCAAUUGUUUUUGUAAUCAGUAAUAUUUCAGAGU